UUCCAGCUGCUGUGAGACUGAAGACUGAAGCUCUGCUGCUCUGCUCUCAGCUGGGAAACAAACACACUGACAAACAGUCACGGUGGGCGUGUGAGCGGCGUGCGGCGGGAUGAGCGGCGCGGCGCUGGGCAUUGAGAUCGUGGUGGUGUUCUUCUUGGCGCUGUUCCUGCUGCAUCGCUAUGGAGACUUCAGGAAGCAGCAGCGCAUGGUGCUGUUCGGCACGCUGCUGGCCUGGUACCUCUGCUUCCUCAUCGUCUUCAUCCUGCCGCUGGACGUCAGUACGACGAUCUAUAAACAGUGUAAGAUCGACCACGAGCAGCGAGCCGCGGCCAACGUCAGCCCCCUGCCGUCCAAUCACAGCGCAGCAAACACGACGGUCACGCCUACGAAAAGCUCGGUGAAGUCCUGCUACAAGCCGUGGAGUUACAUCCCCGAUGGCAUCAUGCCGGUGUUCUGGAGGGUCGUCUACUGGACGUCUCAGUGCCUCACGUGGCUGCUGCUGCCCUUCAUGCAGUCCUACGCUCGCUCCGGAGGUUUCUCCAUGACCGGGAAGAUUAAAACGGCUCUGAUCGAGAACGCCAUUUACUACGGUACCUACCUGCUGAUCUUCGGCUCGCUGCUCAUAUACGUGGCCGUUCACCCCGAGUGGCAUCUGUCCUGGUACGAGCUGCAGACCAUCGGCAUCACGGCGGCGAACACCUGGGGUCUGUUCCUGCUGGUUCUGCUGCUCGGAUACGGCCUGGUGGAGAUCCCUCGCUCCUACUGGAACGCCUCACGACACGGACACCUGCUCAUCAAGACCUACUUCAAGGCGUCCAAGCUGAUGACGGAGAAGGCGGACGCGGAGGAGAACCUGGAGGACAUGAUGGAGGAAGUCAGAAAAGUCAGCGAGUCCAUCAAAUACAACCAUCCGCUGAGGAAGUACAUCGACACCAUCCUCAGGAAGUGUCCGGUGGAACACCAGGAGAAGAUGGGAAGGAACAUGGACGACUACGAGGACUUUGAUGACAAACAGAACUCGUAUCCCAGCGAGAAGAGUCUGUCCAAGCUUCACAAACAGGUGAUCUACGCGGUGCAGAGACACAACAGGACUCGUGUCCAGUGGCAGAUCCUCCUGCAGCAGGCGAUCCACCUGGAGGACGUCGCCAAGAACGAAACCAGUUCAACUCACCAGUUCGUCCACAGCUUCCCGUCCGCCGAGCCGGCCGGCUGGUUCAGCAGAUACGUUUACACACCGACCGUAGAGUGGUACUGGGAGUGUCUCCUGAAGUGUUGGUUCUACCGGCUCCUGUCGGUGGUUCUGACCCUGUUCAGCGUGGCGGUGGUUUGGUCUGAGUGCACCUUCUUCAGCACCCGACCCGUCCUGUCCCUGUUCGCUGUGUUCAUCCAGCUGGCUGAGAGGGAAUACAACUACCUGUACAUAGAGAUGGCGUGCUUCAUCACCAUCUUCUUCCUGUGCACCUGUGUUUACUCCACCGUGUUCCGUAUCCGUGUGUUUAACUACUACUACCUGGCUUCCCACCACCAGACCGACGCCUACAGCCUGCAGUUCAGCGGCAUGCUGUUCUGCCGUCUCACCCCCCCGCUGUGUCUGAACUUCCUGGGUCUGAUCCACAUGGACUCGGCCAUCUCCCACCAGCAGAAGGAGCAGACAGCCUACACCUCGAUCAUGGGAUCGAUGAGAGUUCUGUCCUUCAUCGCUAACGGCUUCUACAUCUACUAUCCCAUGCUCAUCGUCAUCCUCUGCAUCGCCACGUACUUCAGUUUGGGAACUCGCUGUCUGAAUCUUCUCGGCUUCCAGCAGUUCGUAGGCGACAGCGAAAUGACCUCUGACCUCAUCGACGAGGGAAAGGAGCUGAUUCGCCGAGAGAAACGAAAACGUCAAAGGAUCGAAGACGGAGAGAACAGACGGAGAGAGUGGAAGGAGCGCUACGGCGGCCAGCGGGACGAUUACACGGCGAGGAACCGCAGCAGCCACGAGAUGAAGGAGACGAGCUACUCGGAUACUGUGAACAGCAACAACAGACAGGCUAAAUAUUCUCGGGCAAGCGGCCGAUCGGAGAGAGAUUGCAUCGAGCUGCUGCAGGACGCCGAACCGUUAGACUUCAACGCCGACUCUCUGACCGACGACCCGCUGGACUCAGAGUCCGGGAGACACUCGGGAGGACGAUAUCUGUCCAUGUCGUCGUCUCGCAGUCGGAUAUUUGACGAUGUCUAACGGAGGAAACGUGAAGCGGAGCCAUAAACUGGAAUCACUGUCGUCUCCUGCGGAGCUGCAGUCACCUGAAUGUACCACAUGACCUCCACCACACACACACCUGUCCUCCCAGGAUGCACGCACACACCUGUCCUCCCAGGAUGCACGCACACACCUGUCCUCCAGGAUGCACGCACACACAUCCUGACGUGGCUGCAGGUAAAUGAAGGAACAGCUGAUUGUUCCUGAGAGCUGCAGACGUCCGAGCAGCCGCUGCAUGAACGAGCUCGACAAGCUCACAGGAACAUUUCUGUUUGGUCUACUUCCUGUUUUAAAUGUUCUUCAUCCUCUCUGCUCCCGUCUCUCACUGCUGCUCUACUUAUAUGAUAUUCAUUAUGCAGCUCUCUCAUGGAAGCAAAUGAUACUUUAAACAUUAUGAACAACUGAAUACAUCCUUUAAUGAAACCAACACGGAGACAUAUUUACAUUCCUCCUCUGCAGUUUAUAUUUAUAGCAUUAAGAUAUCGAACAGAGAGGAGCUACU